AAAUUUAUUUCUCCUAAAUAGUUACCUAAAAAGCAAAAUCAAUAUUGCCCUAGGAAGCAUGCCAAAUCUUCCCAAGACAGAGACUGCUUUAUGGGAUUAUGAAAGCUUCCCAUUUAUUCAUUUUCUCCAUUAACCUUUCAAACUCAAAUCUCCCAUUUCUCAUACUCUUCUUCAUGUAAAACCACCAAGCCUAACCUCACUCUGGCUAACAAGAAUCGAAUCAGCCAUGAACUUCAAAAUGAAGAAAAAAAUAGCCACCACCAUUCCCAAAACUCAUUACAACACCAACAACGAUGAAGAACACUCUGAUGAUCAAACUUGCAGAAGCCCUUGUCGCUGUUUCUUCUGCACCAUGAGAGAACCAGAUAGAACACUCAGAAGAUCUAGAAUAUCUACCUGCUUCAGAGAAAUGCCUCAGAGAGAGAAUCAAGAACAUGUUUUGGUGCUAAGUGCACUCUGGCAUCUCGCUAUGACUCACCCAAAUGAUCCAGAGUUCCCUUCCCUUGGCAUAUUCAAGUGCAUGGCGAAUCUAAUCCACAAAGGAAUCCACAACAAAAACUGGCUCCUCAAAGACCAAAACAUCUACAUACCCUAUUAUGCUGCUCACAUCAUUGGCUCUUACACCAUGAACAAAGAGGAGUUUGCACAAAUAGCUGUUGAAUCAGGUGUUAUCCCACCAUUGUUGGAGCUUCUGAGUGGUAAAGUCAGUUGGGUUGAGCAGAGAGUUGCUGUUAGAGCACUUGGUCACUUGGCUAGCUACAAUAGUACAUUCAAAUCAGUGGUGGAGUAUGAACAAAAAGUGGUGAAGUUGACCUUGAACUUGGCUUCUACAUGCUUAGAAGCUGUUUAUGUUGAGUUUUUUGAGGUGAAAGAUGAGAACAGAGCAAGAACAGAGUACCAUAGAAACUUGCUGACAAGAGGGAUUGGUGAUUUGGAGAUGGAGAAUCGAAAAGUGGAGGAAUGGGCAAGCCAACUUCAAAGCUGGUCUAUUUACCUUCUCAAUUGCUUUGCUUCCAAACAAAGCUCUCUAUCUCUGAAUCUCAUCUGCAAAAUUGUGUUCUUGGAGGAACUAUGUGACAUGUGGGGUGGAUUGGUGAAUCACACAUCACCAGGUGGGGUUGGACUCAUUAGAAUUCUGUGCUAUAACAAAAUUGGAAGGAAAAGUAUUUCUGAGUUGCCAAAAGUUUUGGAAACUCUAGGUAAUCUCUCAAGAUCUUCAGAUGAUUGGCAAUAUAUUGGUAUAGAUUGUCUUGUUCGGCUUCUCAAGGACAGAGAUACAAGGUACAGAGUUAUUGAUAUUGCCAUUUCAUACCUCAUUGAUUUGAUUGAACUUAGAAGCAUUGGAGAUAAAUCUAAUGUAGGUGACACCAUAACAAAAGUGCUCCUUCUAGAACAUGGUUUUGGUAAAUUGAUCAAGCACAAAAGUCUAAAAGUUGAGAAAGCUUUACAAGAAGUAUUGGACUUGAAGGUGGAGAGGAGGAACAAGGAGAAACUGAUGUCAGAGGAAAAGUUAGAGGAAGCAAGGGUUUUGGUGAGUUUGAUGAAGCAACAAGGGAAUCAUAUGUUCAGGUUGGGGAAGGUAGAAGAAGCUUUGCUGAGAUAUACUGAAGCACUUGAUGUUUGCCCUUUGAGGUUUAGAAAAGAAAGGAUGAAGCUUUAUAGCAACAAAGCUCAGUGUUAUUUGCUGCUGAAAGAUGCAGAUUCAGCUAUCAGUGAUUCGACGCGUGCUCUUUGUUUGUCCAAUCCUGCAAACUCGCAUGAUAAAAGCCUUUGGAGGAGGUCGCAGGCGUAUGACAUGAAAGGAAUGGCGAAAGAGAGCCUCAUGGACUGCGUUGUGUUCUUGAGCAGUUGGAUGACCAAGAACACAACGCAGUCCAAGCAUAGAGUCAAGAUUCCAUACCACGCUGCACGCAUGAUCUGCAAGCAGAUGGAUGCCACUUGGCUCUUUGCCAAUACUCGCUCGAAGGCGAAACAAAAUAUCAAUCUAGUGGUAGAAAAGAGAGAAGGAACUAAUGAAAUUGAAGGGGAUGAGAAUGAGGGCGAGUAUGAAAAGCAAAUCCUUGAUCAUAAGAUGAUGAUGAUGAUGGAAAAGAGAAGUCUCAUGCCCGGUCUAUCUACCAUUAUUGAAGAACCUUUUCAUGGAAAAAAUGCUAGUAGGAGAAAGAUGGAAAUAAGGGGAGGGAGACCAAAUGGCAGGUUAAAGUGAAGAAGAUAAAUGCUCUAAAAGAUCUAUUUAUAUAUCAAAAUGGCAAUGGAAUGUGCAGGUAUAAUAGAAUAGUCAUCAAUUAUGAACGAUGGCGUGACUGGUUUAAGUUAUAACCCAGCAGCACGCAUGGAAAUGGAGAGGACCACAUUUCCAUUUUCAAUAUAAUAAUUGUUGUUCAGAUUAAAGACAGGCAACAAUAGAACCACUCAAACUCUUAAAUCAUUCACGCUUACCAGAAGCUUCUCAUGUGAUUUUAUGAAGAAAAAAAACUUGGGGGGAAAUGGGUUUGAAGUUUGAACUUUGAAGACUGUCGGAACCACAUGGAUUUAGAGCUUCAAAGAAUUAAUGUUUUAUCUUAGUAUGCAAAAUGCAAAAAUGCUUAUCAGUUUGCUGAUUCUAUGUACACUUCUCAACCAAGUUAAUCACUACAUCAAAGUGCCA